AUGAAAGUGGUCACCAGCAUGGCAAGAGAUGGACAAGUACUCACUGAGAUUGAUCAGGAGAAAUAUGAUGCUGAUGAGAAUGUCAAAAUCAUCUGUCUGGGAGACAGCGCAGUUGGAAAGUCAAAGUUAAUGGAACGUUUCCUUAUGGAUGGAUUUCGUCCUCAGCAGCUCUCAACCUUUGCUCUGACACUUUAUAAAUAUACCACAACUGUGGAUGGCAAGACUGUCCUUGUGGACUUCUGGGAUACAGCAGGGCAAGAGAGAUUCCAAAGCAUGCAUGCUUCCUAUUAUCACAAGGCACACGCCUGUAUCAUGGUAUUUGAUGUACAAAGAAAAAUUACAUACAAGAACCUUACCAGGUGGUACCAGGAGCUGCGGGAAUACAGACCAGAGAUUCCUUGUAUUGUUGUAGCAAACAAGAUUGAUGAUCUUCGAGUGACUCAGAAAGGCUUUAACUUUGCUAAGAAGCACAACCUGCCAUUUUACUUUGUUUCUGCUGCAGAUGGUACAAAUGUGGUAAAGUUGUUUACAGAUGCUAUCAAACUUGCUGUUUCUUACAAACAGAACUCACAAGACUUUUUAGAUGAAGUGAUGCGGGAACUGGAGGUAAUGGUGAUGCCCACUGAGUGUUAUAAUGUGCAUUAUUAUUAA